UAUGAUAAUCUUCUCAAAUGUAACCGAAAAUACUGUAAUAAAUGGCUACAUAAUAUUGACUGUUCUUAUUUUCUAUCUUGUGUCAAUCUGGCUGUAAUAUCUUCUUGACUUGAAAAGUUGAUAUAAUCUGACCAUUUAUAUAGUAAGGCAUUCAUAGAGAUAUUAGGGAAGCAUGCUGAACUUGAAUUACCACUUGAGCAUGAUGAAAAUGUUUUUUCUUCUUCUGGCCUUGUUUUGCUUUUUUUUUUUGUAGAUUAUGCUUCCUUCAUUAGGACUGUUCAAGUCCAUCCCUUGUCCUUUGUACCCAGAUUGUAAAAGAAACCCGUGCUUUUAUUCGCAUACAACCCGAAAAAACUCAUCGAUCAAAGGUAUUCUUUUGUUUAUUUAUAGGAAACCUAUUGAUCUAAAAAAAAAAACAGAUCGUCCUGUUGAAACUGUAAAACGACAAAAAAUAAACCAUGUUACGACACCGAUGCCUUCUCGACCAACUCAGAUGAUUCCUUCUUUGAUACCGAAAAAGAAUAGUACAAUACAACCUAAGGCCUUACCACCAAAAGUACCACAGCCUAAAGUACCACAGCCUAAAGUACUACAGCCUAAAGUGGUGCCUCAAGAGACAAAGAAUAGACCGAUGAGUGCUCUUGAAGCUGCAAGAAAAAGAGUAGCACAUACACCUAUAGUAAAGCCCUCACAAAUAAAGUCAAUAUUUUAUUUGCUUAUCAUAUUUAGACUGCAUUAAAACCAACAGGACCUCCUACUAUCUUACCAAAUAUGAAGUCAAUUAUACCUCUUAAAGUGCGACAGGUAACUAAAAAGAAAAAGAAAAAAG